AUGAAUGGAACAGAGGGCCCGUUCUUUUACGUGCCCAUGUCCAAUGCCACCGGCAUUGUGAAGAGUCCAUACGAUUAUCCUCAGUACUACCUAGUGGCACCAUGGGCUUACGCCAUGCUGGGAGCUUACAUGUUCUUCCUCAUUAUCGUCGGCUUCCCAAUCAACUUCCUUACGCUGUACGUCACCAUUGAGCACAAGAAGCUGCGCACACCCCUAAACUACAUCCUCUUGAACUUGGCAGUUGCUGACUUGUUAAUGGUGUUUGGAGGCUUCACAACCACGGUAUACACAUCUAUGCAUGGCUACUUCGUCUUUGGGCGCCUUGGCUGCAACCUGGAAGGCUUCUUUGCAACUUUUGGUGGUAUCAACUCACUCUGGUGCCUGGUCGUGCUCUCCAUUGAGAGAUGGGUAGUUGUUUGCAAACCCAUGAGCAACUUCAGAUUUGGAGAGAACCAUGCCAUCAUGGGAGUAGCAUUCACCUGGGUCAUGGCAUUGGCCUGUACUGUGCCCCCCCUGGUUGGCUGGUCCCGUUAUAUCCCUGAGGGCAUGCAGUGCUCAUGUGGAAUUGACUACUACACUCGUGCAGAGGGGUUCAACAAUGAGUCCUUUGUCAUCUACAUGUUCACGGUCCACUUCUUGACCCCACUCUUCAUCAUCACCUUCUGCUAUGGCCGUCUGGUCUGCACUGUCAAGGAGGCUGCAGCUGCACAGCAGGAGUCUGAAACCACCCAGAGAGCUGAGCGUGAGGUCACUCGCAUGGUCAUCAUCAUGUUCAUCGGCUACUUGGUUGCUUGGCUGCCCUAUGCCAGUGUGGCUUGGUACAUCUUCACCCAUCAGGGCAGUGAGUUUGGGCCUGUCUUCAUGACCCUCCCAGCCUUCUUUGCCAAAAGCUCCUCAUGCUUCAACCCUAUCAUCUAUGUCUGCAUGAACAAGCAGUUCCGCCAAUGCAUGAUUACCACCCUGUGCUGUGGCAAGAACCCCUUCGAGGAAGAGGAGGGUGCUUCCACCACUGCCUCCAAGACCGAAGCCUCAUCCGUUUCCUCCAGCUCUGUGUCCCCGGCAUAA